GUGCCGCCCAACGACAAUAAAUACGGCCAUGCCCAGCGACACUGGCGAUAAAAUGCUCUGUUCCCUGUCCCGCCUGCGCCGUCCCCGUCCAAAGAACGACACUCUGCGCGAGCGCCCGUCCACCCCCGCUGCUUCCCCGCAGAGCUCUUGACCGCAACCAUGGACGAUCGCGAACGUUCACGCAGCAUGUCGCUCGUGCCUUAUGUCCCCGCCGAGUCGCGGGAGGUAGUCCUGCGCCACGGCUCUGCCGUUGUGGUAUUUGACCAGCGAUCCAAGCAGCUCUCCCUCCGCGACGCCUCGCACUCCAAUGCCGUCGAGAUCACCUCUUGUCCUUAUUGCCACAGGGCAUUUCGAGAGCCCACCCCGCACGGCGCAGACGAGCCCGAAGAGCAUGAACACGCAGGACUCCAGGAUGCUGAAUCAGGCUUUGUAAACCCGGGAUACUUCCAGAUGCUGCGGAGGAGCCAGCCUGGAUCUGCAGACACCUCGCGUCCGUCAUCACCGCACAAACAGCUCGCUCCGGCGCCCAUGCGCGAUUCAGAAGGCGGAUUUCAUACUCCGGACGGCGCAGAGUUCGUCGGGAGUACGCCUGUGCCGCAGCGGCAUCAUGGCAUUUCUGCAAGAGCAUUCAGUCCGAACUAUUUCAAGACGUUCUUUGUAGAGGAGCGGGAGCUGGGCAGGGGAGGCAAAGGCGUCGUGCUUCUUGUUCGACAUGUCCUAGAUGGAGUGCCGCUCGGCCAGUUCGCCUGUAAGCGGGUGCCAGUCGGAGAUGACCACGAAUGGCUAGAGAAGGUCUUGAUCGAGGUGCAGUUGCUUCAAAACCUCUCACAUCAGAAUCUGGUAUCUUAUCGGCAUGUCUGGCUGGAAGAUUACCAGAUAUCUAAUUUUGGGCCAAGCGUUCCCUGCGCUUUCAUCCUGCAGCAGUAUUGCAACGCGGGUGACUUGCACCACUACAUUCUAGACUCGGCAAAGUCGACUUUUACCACGGAACAGUUGAAAGAGCGGAUUCGGAGGCGGUCGAAAGGCCAGCUGGAUGAGCCAAAGGAUUUGAAUGCUCCCCGUCGAAUGCACUUUGAGGAAAUCCUGUCUUUUUUCAAAGAUAUUACUUCGGGCUUGAAUCAUCUCCAUGCUAAUGGAUACAUCCACCGGGAUCUCAAACCUAGCAACUGUCUACUCCACCAUACUGGCACCAAACUACGAGUGCUGGUGAGCGACUUCGGUGAGGUGCAGGUUGCAAAUGUUGCUCGGAAGUCCACAGGAGCUACGGGAACAAUAUCGUACUGCGCGCCUGAGGUGCUCCGACACGAGACACCUGGUGGCCCGCUUGGAAAUUUCACCACCAAGUCAGACAUCUUCUCCCUUGGAAUGAUAGUCUACUUCAUGUGCUUUGCUCGCUUGCCCUACCGGAAUGCAGAUGGUAUUGACGAAGACAAAGAAGAUCUAGACCAACUUCGAGAAGAGAUUUCUACUUGGGCUGGAUUUGACGACGAACGGAGAGUGCGAACAGACCUCCCUGAGAAACUCUACCGGUCCCUAAAACAUCUCCUCGCUCUGAACCCUGACGACCGUCCCCGCACUGACGAAAUUCUUCACGCCUUUAAGUCGCCGCCCGUAUUCGAUGACUUCAAUGGAUUCAACGGCUUUACCGGUCCAUCAAGCUUGGAUGAUAUAGGACCCAGGAUAUCCCGUGCAGAUACUCCGAGUCCGGCGCCAGGACAACAUCACCGAAAGAAAAGCUCCACCCACCACAAUCGACCCAGCCGCUCCAAACUCAGCGCGACCGUAGCGAAUCGAUCACCCAGCCCAUCUCCCGAACAACCCUCUAUCCCAUCCCCCACACCACCACCUGGCUCCGUCAUCCUCCGCCCAAGAAAGGUCGACCUCCCUCCACCCCGAGAUCCUCAUGCACACAACUCGCCUUCUCCAACAAGGUCCCCACGCCUUAUGCUCCCACCCCCUCCCCCAACACCCCAUUACGACCAAAUCUUGCACAACGUCCUACACAACCCCACCUUCAUCAGCACAACUAAAAUCGCCCUCUUUGUCGCAAAAGUCUUUUCGCUCUUCAGUCCAUGUCAGCCGUUUGCCGCGGACCCGUGGGUCGCGUAUCCACUUCUAUGCUUUGCAGCACUCGAUUUCUUAUUCGUUGGAUUUACAUUUUAUGGGCGCUAUGUUGGGUUUGGAGGAGUGGGCGGCUCGGUCAUGCUUCUAGCUCUGCAUGCAGCAGUUGUGGGCAUGUUGGUUCGGUGGGACAUGCUGUGUUUGAGGAGGGGGGUUGCGUGGGAGGGCAUUUAAAUGAUAGUUUCUGCAUGAGAAACUGGGAUGGCAUCUGAAGAGCCUUUGCAAGCG